CACCCGCCGUGCUCCACCGCGGACGUCUCAGCUCGCCGCGCGAAUCCGCGCGCGCACGACGCCUCUUCCUUUACCUCCUCCUUGCCUCUAUCUCAUCUUCGCGCGGCGGCCAAUGCGUUUCGUCGCCGCGCGCGCGCCGAGUCAGCCGCCCUCUCAGACUUGUUGCUCCGCUUCCCCGCGGACUCCGUCCUGAGGCUCUUAGCGCCGCAUACCCUGGAGAAAGAAGAAGGCAAGGCGCUGGGCUGCACGGUGACUGUAGCCCGGUUCACAGAGGAGUGGAACAAUCUUGGAGAGGUGAGCAGGAGAGAGUAACAUGGCCCUUAGUGAUGGGAAUGGUGACACUCAACUUCUCAGCAAUGGCAGCAUCCCGUCAAGUGCUCCCAACGCCAGUAGCACCCCUGGACCGGUCAAAGAAGGUGCCUCAUUGCAGCACCCUGGGGAAACGGGCCUCGGAAAAGUGAGUCAGAAUGGUGCUGUACGAACUUGUAGUAUACGCAGGCUUCCCCAGCUGCCCGCCUGUGCUCAAAGGCCAAGCGCACUUCUGCAACCCUCCCUGUCCACCGCGUGCUGCCAUUGUUGCCCAUUCCAUACCCAGCUGUGCUGCCACAGCAACCAGCAGGAGUGCCACAUCAUCCAAAACCAUUCGCCCAUCCGCCCAGGCUCCUGCUGCCUUCAAGCCUCCCCAUCCGUCUGUUUGCACCAGCGCUGGCAGGAGCACUUGCAGAGCCAGCCUGGCCCUCCCAAUAUGGCCAGCAUAAGCCCUGCAAGACCUUUCCGAUUCCCCAAAAGCUAUGCAGAGCUCAUUGCUGACUGGCCAGUUGUCGUGCUGGGAGUAUGUACAGUCCUCAUUGUAGUGUGUGCCCUGGUAGGAAUUUUGGUGCCAGACCUACCGGACUUCUCAGACCCUUUGCUGGGGUUUGAACCACGGGGUACUGCCAUUGGACAACGGCUAGUUACAUGGAACAACAUGGUAAAAAAUACGGGCUAUAAAGCAACGUUAGCCAACUAUCCCUUCAAAUACGCAGACGAGCAGGCGAAAAGUCACCAAGAGGAUAGGUGGGCUGAGGACCACUUUGAGAGGGAUAAAAGGCAAGCAGAAUGGGAUUUCAGUAAAGACAGUUUCUUCUGUGAUGUACCAGGUGACCGCUAUUCUAGGUUGGUUUUCACAUCUGCAGAGGGCAAGAAUUUAUGGAGCAUACAGGCAAUUAAAUCCAUGUGUAGUUUGGAUAACACAAGGGUACGCUCCCACCCCCAGUACUGGAAUCUCUGUCAGCGCACUUCUGAUGCAUCCUGUUGCCCCAGCUGGACUUUGGGGAACUAUAUUGCAGUUCUGAACAACAAGUCCUCCUGUCAGAAGAUCACAGAGAGGGAUGUUUCUCACACGCUUAAAAUCUUGCGCUCUUGUGCCAAGUAUUACCACAAUGGAACUCUAGGACCAGACUGUUGGGAUAUGACCACUCGCAGGAAGGAUCAACUCAAGUGUGCAAAUGUGCCUCGCAAAUGCACAAAGUACAAUGCUGUCUAUCAGAUUCUUCAUUUCCUUGUGGAUAAAGACUUCUUGAGUUUUAAGAGCACAGAUCACCAAGUCCCGGCUUUAAAAUACAGCAUGCUCUUCUCUCCAACUGAAAAAGGUGAGACAAUGAUGAAUAUUUACCGGGACAACUUUGAGAACUGGAACUCAUCUGAUGGCAUCACCGCUGUCACGGGCAUUGAGUUCGGAAUCAAACAUAACUUAUUCCAGGACUACCUGUUAACGGAUACUGUGUAUCCUGCCAUUGCGAUUGUGAUCGUGCUAGUGGUAAUGUGCGUGUACACCAAAUCGAUAUUCAUUACCUUGAUGACAAUGUUUGCCAUCAUCAGCUCCUUGAUUGUGUCCUACUUUCUUUAUCGUGUUGUUUUUGACUUUGAGUUCUUCCCCUUCAUGAAUCUGACCGCACUCAUCAUCCUGGUGGGGAUUGGAGCAGAUGAUGCAUUUGUACUUUGUGAUGUGUGGAACUACACCAAGUUUGACAAGCCCAACUCUGAGCUGUCACAGACAGUGGCCAUCACUCUUCAGCAUGCGGCCCUCUCUAUGUUUGUGACGAGCUUCACAACUGCUGCUGCUUUCUAUGCCAACUAUGUUAGUAACAUCACAGCCAUCCGGUGCUUUGGUGUAUAUGCCGGCACAGCGAUCUUGGUGAACUAUAUACUAAUGGUGACGUGGCUGCCAGCAGUGGUUGUGUUGCAUGAACGUUACCUGCUCAACAUUUUUACCUGCUUCAGAACCCCACAGCACCGAGGCUACAAUACCAAAACCUUCUGGACAUUAGUGUGCCAAAAGAUGGACAAGUGUUUGUUUAACAUUUAUAAAGUUUCAAGAAUUUUUUUUGAGAAAAUCUUGCCUUGCAUUGUGAUUAAAUUUCGUUAUGUUUGGUUGAUUUUAUUCCUUGCCCUCACUGUUGGAGGAGCUUACGUUGUAUGUGUACACCCUAAAAUGAAGCUCCCGUCACUGGAGCUCUCCGAGUUCCAAGUCUUCAGGUCUUCGCACCCCUUUGAGCGCUAUGAUGCCGAAUACAAAAAACUUUUCAUGUUUGAACGGGUCCACCAUGGAGAAGAGCUUCACAUGCCCAUAACAAUCAUAUGGGGUGUCAUUCCUGUUGACAAUGGAGAUCCCCUCAACCCCAAAAACAAAGGCAAACUAACACUGGACAGCACCUUCAAUGUAGCCAGUCCAACCUCUCAAAUGUGGAUUUUAAAUUUCUGCCAGAAGCUGCGGAACCAGAGUUUUAUCCAGCAGUCAGACAAACAGGACUUCACCAGCUGCUUCAUGGAAACCUUUAAGCAGUGGAUGGAGAACCAAGACUGUGACGAAGCUUCAGUGUAUCCCUGCUGUAGCCAGUCUGCCUUUCCCUACAAACAGGAUGUGUUUGAGCUGUGCAUCAAAAGAGCCAUUAUGGAGCUGGAUCGAAGUACAAUAUACCACCUAGACAGUAAGACUCCGGGCCCAAGGUUUGAUAUCAAUGACACUAUCAGGGCUGUUGUGCUGGAGUUCCAGAGCACUUACCUGUUUACACUGGCUUAUGAAAAGAUGCAUCAGUUUUACCGUGAGGUAGAUGCAUGGAUAACAGAGGAGCUGAAGAGCGCCCCAGCUGGAUUGAGCUAUGGGUGGUUUGUGAGCAAUCUGGAGUUCUACGACUUGCAAGACAGUUUGUCAGAUGGUACUUUAAUUGCCAUGGCUCUUUCUGUGGUUGUUGCUUUCAGUGUAAUGCUCCUUACUACCUGGAACAUUGUUAUAAGCCUUUAUGCUAUUAUAUCUAUUGCUGGAACCAUUUUUGUCACAGUGGGAUCACUUGUUCUCCUUGGGUGGGAGCUGAAUGUAUUGGAGUCAGUCACCAUAUCCGUGGCUGUUGGGCUCUCGGUAGAUUUUGCUGUCCAUUACGGAGUGGCUUAUCGCCUUUCCCCUGAGCCAGACAGAGAGGGAAAGGUUGUCUUCUCUUUGAGCAGAAUGGGCUCCGCCAUUGCCAUGGCAGCUCUCACCACGUUUGUAGCCGGCGCCAUGAUGAUGCCAUCCACUGUCCUUGCUUACACACAGCUGGGAACAUUUAUGAUGCUUAUUAUGUGCAUCAGCUGGGCCUUUGCCACCUUCUUCUUUCAGUGCUUGUGUCGAUGCCUGGGUCCUCAGGGCUCCUGCGGCCAGAUUCCGUUGCCUAAGAAGCUCCAUUGUCAGGCCUUUUCUGAGCAGUCCGUACCAGCUCCUGCACCCCGGGGUCAGAAUAAGCUUUGCCAUGUAAGUAAGUACCAGUUGGACAGCAGAGGAGGGGAUGUGGAGCAUGAGCAUUAUGAACUCGAGCCCUUGGCUUCAAAUCCGGGGAGCAUGGAGAAAACAGCCAGCGAGGACAUGCAGCUCUGUACUCGGAUUUACAACGGAGGGCCACCCUGCAGUACUGGCGUGCAUGUGCACUUCAGAAGCAAAGAGGAAUCCGGGAGCACCAGGGGCCAUGAAAACAGAUCCAGGACACCUCCAGAGCCAGGGCAUGUUUGUCAUUAUGCCAAACCCAGCAAGACCUGCACGUGUGAAGAUGCUCACCCGACCGUAACCUUGCAGUGGGCACCACACUGUUGUUCCCAGGUUGGAGAUGUUCCCUGUGCCCAGUGCUUCCCUAACUCUGUUAGUGCCCCCAAAGGUCAAAGCAUGUACAAACAGCAGGCAGAGUGUCGCAUGCACUAUACCAACCACAACCCUGCACAUCACCCUCAUUGCUCUCAGAGUCGAGCAAAGGGUCAUUGUUCUCACAGCUGCCAGCUCAGAAACUACUGCGUGCACCCAGUGCAGUUCCAGCAGCCGCCACUCGAUCGACAUGGGUCCCCAGAGAGCACAGGUGCUGCCGAGGGGCCCCUGCAAAUAGGGUCCAGCCCAGCUGUCGGCACUGGUGCAGAGCCUGCCUCCAGAACUCUGAGUGGAAGCUCAGCUCGCAAUCAAGGGGCCUCUACGGACAGCUGCAGAGCACCGGACAGAGCUAAAGCGGACACUCGGACCUCAGAGGACCUCGCAUCGGAACGCAAGGAUGCAUUUUAUGAGACGCGAGUUAGUGGGGAAGAGCAUGCCUCCAUUCCACACGAGCAAGAUAUGAAAAACUCUAAGCAAACUCAGAAAGACAGGAGGGAAAGGACAACCUUGACCUCUCCCAAAACGCUCUGUUUCAACAGAACUUUAAAAGUUAAGUGCAAUUCUCUCGAUUCUCAAGUACCAAACUCUGAAGCCAAUGUGCCUGAUACAAUAGAUUCAAAACACUCAUGUGAAAGUUUAUGUUAAUAGUUAGUAGAGAAAUACCCACUUUAAAGGCAAAUCUCAAGUCACCAUGUGCAAUGUCCAUUUUCAGUGAAAUGCUUGAGAUUUUGUAGACCAACUGUACUCUCAUUCAUGUUGCAAAUGUCUUUUCAUUCUUACAAAACUGACCUUCAGAGGUCUGAUUUCAGUUAACGAAAACCAGCUGAUUAGAUUCAAGCAACUGCAAGAUGUGUACGCUUUCAUCCCUAUCAGGAAUUCCUUGGUUUUACUAAUAGAAUACUCCAUAUUUUUACAGUAAACUGUUUUAUGCCCAUUGUGAUUUUUUUUGACUGGUUUAACACAUUUUCAUGUACAGCAAAGAAAAUGUCUCAAUUUCUGAAGCGCAUUUAUACAGGUUUCAGUACAUUGUAUGUGUAUUUAUUAACACUAAUUAUCGGCAUACUAAGCACUUUAUUAUUGCUCUUUUCUCUUUUUGUACUACAGAUGGAUUUUCACAUUUCUAUAUAAUACCUUGUUUAAUUGAAGACUGGUUCAAAACAGCCUUGGCCCUAAGAUUUAUUUCCAGAAUGAAAAUCUGUCUCCC